AUGAAGGAUUUGGGGUCUUUUCGGUAUUUUCUUGGUAUUGAGGUUGUUACUUCUCCUACUGGGUAUUUUCUUUCUCAAACUAAAUAUGCCUGUGAUAUUCUUUCUCAUGCUAAUCUCACUGAUGACAAAAUUGUCGACACUUCUCUUGAGUUGCAUGCUAAGUUUUCUGCUUUUGAUGGCGUUCCUCUUGAGGAUCCCACUUUGUAUCGUGAGUUGGUUGGGUGCCUUGUUUAUCUCACCGUUACUUGCCCAAAUAUCUCCUAUGUUGUGCACAUUCUCAGUCAGUUUGUUUAUGCUCCUUGUUCCACACACUGGGCUACCUUACUUUGUACUUUGCGCUACCUUUGUGGCACUUUGUUGCACUGUUUGUUGUUAUCUGCCUCUUCGGACUUGACUCUUCGUGCCUAUGCUAACGCUGAUUGGGCAGGUGACAUCUCUGAUCGCAAAUCCACUUCUGUUCUUUGUGCUUUCCUCGGCGAUUCUCUCAUAUCCUGGAAGAGUAAGAAACAAUCUGUUGUUGCUCAUUCCACAGCUGAGGCUGAGUAUCGUGCCAUGGCUCAUGCUACUUUCAAGAUAGUUUGGGUUCGGUGGCUUCUUUCUGAUAUGGAUGUCUCUUUUUCUGAUCCAACUCCAUUGUAUUAUGAUAAUCAGAGUGCUAUCCAAAUUGCCUAUAAUUCACUCUUCUAUAAGCGGACCAAGCAUGUUGAAAUAGAUUGUCACUUUGUCAAAUAG